AGCAGGCUUUCUUCUAUACAAGAGUGCUGUGAGGCUGGGAGGGAGAUAGCCCGAAGGCACCAUGACUGUACAGUACUUCCAUAUUCAAACUCCCAUAUCUGCAGUAUUGCCCAGGAGCACUGCUGUCGAUCUCUCGCGAGAAAGCAAGCCUGCGACACUGGCAUUAGGACGAGCCGUAACCAUCAGCCCUGUGAGAGGGCCUUCUUCUCAGGAUCUACCUGGGAUACCCUGAUAUCACAGACAUGCUGCGACUGCUGCGCACUGGGUCUGAAGACAGAGAGCAUGGGUUUCAGCUGUGAGUUUGAUGAUCUGCAGAUAGACAGGCAGUGCUUAGAAGCGGCUAAAAUGUGCUGUGAGAAACCCAAGGAGAUCGAGAUCCUUCCAACCACUGAAGCACCAGGAGAGACCAACAUGUUUACAACCAGGCCUCCAGUGGAAGCGACUACCUGCAAAGAGCUCAAAUGCUCUCAGCUCUGUGUGGAUAAUAGUAGAUGUGCCUGCAAAGAAGGUUUCCGCCUGAAGCAGGAUGGAGUGACGUGUGAAGAUAUUGACGAGUGUCUGACAGGCGGUCACAACUGCACCGCAGAGCAAGUUUGCAGCAACUCAGUGGGCUCGUUUUAUUGCCGGCUCAGCUGUCACCCUGGAUUCACACUCACAGACAACACCGUUUGCAAAGACAUUGAUGAGUGUGCUAUAGGUAGCCAUGACUGUGGAGCAGACUAUGUGUGCAUCAACACAGUCGGUUCCUUCAGUUGUGAGCCAAAGGUGGUGUGUGAAGAUGGCUUCACUCAUGAUACCGCUGGCAAAUGUAUCGAUAUCGAUGAGUGUACGGUCUUUACUUAUCCAUGCCGACCCGGUGAGAAAUGCAUCAAUACAGUAGGCUCCUACAGCUGCCAGAGGAACAGCAUCAGCUGCCCACAGGGGUACCGCCCCAGUGCGGAUGGGACAAAAUGUGAAGAUGAAGACGAGUGUCUCACAGGGAAAGUGUGCGGAAACCACGUCUGUGUGAAUUUGGAAGGGUCGUACCGCUGCGAGUGCGGGGCAGGCUACCAGUUGAGCAACACCACUAAACUCUGCGAAGAUAUUAACGAAUGCAAGCAUUACUACAGGCAACCCUGUGGGCAGAUAUGUGAGAACACGGAGGGGUCUUACAAGUGCAAGUGCGUACAUGGCUUCCGACUGGGUGCCGACGGCUUGAACUGUGACGAUAUCGAUGAGUGUGCUUUGGGCAGCCAUGACUGUCGAGGGAAUUAUGUCUGCAUCAACACACCCGGCUCAUUCUACUGCAGGCCAAAGGUGCCGUGCAGAAACGGUUACGCCCCGGAUGCUGCCGGCAAGUGUAUCGACGUGAACGAGUGUCUCAGUGGCAAUAACUGUGGCAGCCACGUGUGUGUGAAUCUGGAUGGAUCGUACCGCUGCGAGUGCAGGAAGGGUUACUUGUUUAACCGUGUCACCAAAAUGUGCGAAGAUAUCAAUGAGUGCAUGCAUUACUCUGGGCGACUCUGUGCCCACAAGUGUGAGAACACAGAGGGGUCUUACCGAUGUAGCUGUGCAACCGGGUUUAAACUCUCCAACAAUGGCCGGGACUGUGAAGAUGUAAACGAAUGUUUGGACAAACCUUGCAGCCAGGAGUGCACCAAUGUCUACGGUUCAUACCAGUGCUACUGCCACCAUGGCUACCAGCUGAAUGAUAUCGAUGGGGUGACUUGUGAAGAUAUCGAUGAAUGUAAGAUGCCAAAUGUGUGUUCUUACAAAUGUAUUAACACUCCCGGUGGUUUUAACUGCACCUGCCCCACCAGCGGUUACACGCUCGCACGUGAUGGUCGUACUUGUCAAGACAUUGAUGAAUGUGCUGCAGGAACUCAUUCCUGUUCUUCCACGGAGACCUGCUUUAAUGUCCAGGGAGGAUUUCGCUGUGUGUUCUUUGAUUGUCCUACUAACUUCAGGCGAGCAGCAGAAGGAUCCACAGGAAAGGACUCUGCUCUGGUGCACUGUAUCAAAAACUGCCAGGGAUGGGACACCGCUUGCAAUCGUGACCCCGUCCACAUCAUCACCUCCACUGCUCUGUCUCUGCCGACCUUCCAAUACUUAGAGGAGCCAGAGGAGAUCAUCAUACUGUGGACGGCUACAGAAGCUAAACCGGAUCUCCUCCCUGAUGAGCCUAAUGUUUUCUUUGAGAUAUUAGCCACUGAUGAGCUGAGGUCUUUCGAUGUGAUAAAGCGUUCACAAAACGGCAUGAUUGUCGGGGUAAUCCGCCAGAUCAAGCCUGUAAUGGGCCCAAAAGAACUUGUGCUGGAGGUGAAUAUGAAGUAUCUCAAGGCCGGAGUGAUUUCUCAGCAAAACGUUAUCCUCAUCCACGUCUAUAUCUCUAAAUACUGGUUCUGAAAAGAUAAACGAAAAUAUUUUUUUAUAUAAUUUAAGAAAAAAGAAGUAAAAAAAGGAAAUUUCCAUUUGUCUGGGAGGCUAACCAAUUACACUGAAUGCAGUUCAAGAUGUUUAUAGUUACCAUUGCAGAUUAUUGAUGAUUUUUUAUGCUUGAAAUGGACUUCAACCUCUGUGAGGUUGUAUAUAUAUGCUCCUGAUAGUUUAUCUUUCUUGCUUAUGUCAGUUAUUUUGCUAUGAUGAUAUAAGCCAUGAGAGGAAAUAGCUCUUUUAAAAAAGAUCAUGCUAGAAUAUUACACAUUCGAUUCUUUUUUUGAUUAUUGUUUGAUCCACUUUAAUGGUUUCACUUUUGCUAUCUUUCUCUGCUUUUGUUAGUUUUAUGACUAAUGUGUCUAU